AUGGCGGAAUCUAGCCGACGAGCUGCUUCCGACGAUGAUCGAAGCUUAGACGCAUUGUGGGCGUUGCAAACCACAAUCUCCAAUCAGCUCACUGCCCUUGCUGCCGAUGUUAAGCAGCUGGCGUUGGAGAUCCGAAGAGAUCGUCCGACCCGAGAAACAGUUGAUCCAAAUGCACUGCGCGGCCCCCGGGAGCUCAAUGUAGGAAGGAUGACUGGCAGUUUCGAGCGACGGGAGCGAAGGAACAUCGCGACGGGUUUCCAUUUUUCCGAUUCUGACGACGAACCCCUGGCACACAGAGAAGUUCCCCCACCGCAGCCAGUUAAAAGAUCCGACUCGGACGAAGAUGGUGAACUUGAUUAUCCAUAUCCUGCUCGGCGAGGUAGGUAUCGCCAACACCGCCCUCACCAGGAAUUCAGAGUCAAGCUCGAUAUUCCCUUCUUCGAAGGCCGCCUGCACAUUGAGGAUUACCUCAAUUGGGAGCGUUCCGUUGAGACCUUCUUUGAUUACAUGGACAUUAGUCCUGAAAAGCAAGUGAAAUAUGUCGCGUGCAUGCUGAAAGGAGGAGCUGGGGCAUGGUGGAUGCAAGUCGUGCAAAAUAGACGGCGGGAAGGAAAGGGAGACGUCCGCAGCUGGGCCAGGUUGAAGCAGAUGAUGAGGUCUCAUUUCCUCCCAACGGAUUAUGAACAGCUCCUUUAUGUCCGGUAUCAACAUUAUACACAGAAUCAUAUAACUGUCAGUGAAUGCACUGAAGAGUUCUAUCGCCUCAGCGCUCGCAAUAACCUCCAUGAAUCGGAAAAGCAGCUCGUUGCUCGGUAUAUCAGGGGAUUGAAAGAAGCCAUACAGGAUAAACUCGAGCUCAAUUCCGUAUGGACACUAUCUCAAGCUGUCAAUUUCAGUCUCAAAGCAGAACUACAGUUGAAUCGACCUUCCCGUAGUUCAAUCUACCGUAAGCCAGGGGUGGAGCAUUCAUCCGAACAGAGACCGAGUAUCCAGAAUACGAUGACCACCCUAGUGCCAUCAACGGCAGGUGCGAACACAGGAUAUACGAAUGAUCCGAAGUUCCCACAUAAUCCCAAACCACCGGGCAAGAAAAAUCCAUAUGUCAAGCCUUCUACAUUGAAAUGCUUUCGAUGUUUUCAAGUUGGCCACAAAUCAAAUGAGUGUCCCACCUGGCCUCAAGUACAACUUAUUGAAGGAGAAGGCGACGAUAAAAUUGUAGAAAUUGCUGGCGAUGACGAUCAAGAAGCAGAGGAUGUUAUAGCGGAUGAGGCUGACCCUGUUAUGUGUGUGAUGGAACGAUUUCUCCUAGCUCCAAGGAUGCCUAAUUCGUCACAGCGCAAUGCCAUUUUCCGUACCCGCUGCACCGUCAACGGGAAGGUUUGCGACCUGCUCAUAGACAACGGAUGCACCGAGAACAUCAUAUCUCGUGCUCUCGUUCAAGCCCUACAGUUAAAGACAACUAAGAACCCGCACCCUUAUAAAACCAGUUGGGUAAAGAAGGGAAUCGAAGUGCUAGUAACUGACAUGUGUAGAAUUACCUUCUCCGUCGGUAAGAGCUACAAUUGUGAAGUUCUUUGCGACGUCCUUGAAAUGGACGUCUGCCACAUUAUCCUAGGCAGGCUGUGGCAAUAUGAUAGCGGAGUUGUCUAUGACGGACGCCUUAAUACCUAUUCGCUUGACUGGAAAGGCAGGAGGAUAAGGCUGUUGCCAAACAGAAGCUCUACUGACAAUUCAUCCAGCAAAGGCAAGGCCACGUUGCACCUGGUUACCGGCAAUAUCUUACUGGCACAACAAGCUAAAACAAAGCUUUAUGAUCUAGUCGUAACAGACACAUUGCCGCGGUCAGAGGAGAACCAGUUUCCUGAAGCUGUUACUUCGGUACUUAAGAAGUUUGAAGAUUUGCUUCCCACUGAUCUUCCCGCAGAACUACCUCAGGUUCGCAGCAUACAACACCAGAUCGAUUUCGUUCCCGGUGCAAACUUGCCCAAUCUCCCGCACUACAAAAUGAGCCCGAAGGAGCAUGAAAUCCUCCAAGAGAUGGUCCAAGAACUGCUAGACAAGCAGCUAAUACAACCGAGCUUGAGUCCAUGUGUCGUCCUCGCAUUGCUUGUUCCAAAGAAGGACAAUAAAUGGCGGAUGUCUAUAGACAGUAGAGCCAUCAACAGAAUUACGACCAAGUUCCGCUUUCCGGUACUGUGUCUGGAGGAGCUGAUGGACAAAUUAGCGGGUGCAAGCUACUUCUCCAAAUUGGAUCUCCGGGGCGGAUAUCAUCAAAUUCGGAUACGACCAGGUGAUGAAUGGAAGACCGCCUUCAAAAUAAGCUCCGGGCUGUACAAAUGGUGUGUGAUGCUGUUCGGUCUCUGCAACGCUCCGGCGAUGUUAAUGCGAAUGAUGAACGAGGUAUUGAAACACUACCUUAACAAAUUUUGUGUUGUUUAUUUCGACAACAUAUUGAUUUACAGCAAAUCACUGGGAGAACAUCUACAACACCUCCCCACAAUUCUACAAGCUCUCCGGGAGAACCAAUUAUUCCUCAAUGCUGCAAAGUGCGAAUUUGCAUCCACCCGGGUAUACUUCUUGGGAUUCAUUGUAUCGGCGGAAGGAGUUGAGGCAGAUCCACAAAAAGUAGAAGCUAUUGCCAAUUGGCCUCAACCGCGAUCAUUAUUCGAUGUCCGUAGUUUUCACGGUUUAGCCAAUUUUUACCGCCGAUUCAUCUGUGGUUUCAAUUCGGAUGCAUCCGCAAUUGGAAUCGGAGCAGUGCUAUCCCAGUCCGACAAACCCAUUGAAUACUUCAGUGAAAAACUGAGCCCAGCUCGGCAGCGGUGGACUGUUUACGAGAAAGAAUUAUAUUCCGUAGUUCGAGCUCUCAAACAUUGGGAGCACUAUUUGCUACACCGGGACUUUAUGCUUUGCAGCGAUCAUAGAGCUCUCCAAUUCAUCCAUACGCAAAAGACUAUCAACCGGAUGCACGCGAGAUGGGUGCUUUUUCUCCAAAAGUUUACGUUCGUCCUCAAACACAAGUCCGGUCAACAAAACCGGGUUGCUGACGCUCUCAGCCGCCAGACGGCAUUGUUGACACAAUUACAAAUUGAAAUUACUGGGUUAGAGUCCUUACAAGAACUAUACCCCACUGACCCCGACUUUUCCAGCACUUGGGCGGCCUGUUCGAAAGGAGGCACACACGGUUACUUCUCUAUUCAUCACGGUUAUUUGUUCAAAAAUAAUACACUCUGCAUUCCUACAUCGUCUUGGUGA